GACUGUUUUCCAUCGUGGGAAAGCUUUCAGUGCCACUCAAUAAACAGAAUGUUCCUCUUUCUUCUCUUUCCUUUAUUGAGAGAUUCUCUUUCUUUUCUCUCUUUCUUCAAACAAGUUUCUAAUGUAACAUUUGGUCGUAUGGUGGCUCCUCUUUGAGUUGAAACAGCAGUUGUUACUUGGACGGCCAUUCUGUUUAGUCUUUAUGCAACAAAACUUUAACGGCUUUUCCAUCUCUUUGUGGCCAUGUUUUUUAAAAAACGUCUAACAGUAUUCAUUUCUUUGUAAUUAUGUCAUCGAUUAUAUCCUUUAGUUUUAAUUAAUUUUUCAUCAACAACUUUACUUUGAUUGUAGUUUGUCAACUUUUAAUUAUCAAUUUAUGAGUGGUUUGACCACUCGCCUUAAAUAAUUUAUAUUUCAGUGAUUCUACUUUUAUAAUCUGUUCUUGAUUUUUGGCUGCAAUAAUGUAUCAUUCAAGUCACUCGACAUUUCAUCAUUUCUCCAUUUCAUUAUCGACUCUACUUUUUUGUGGUUUCUUUUUACCAACUUUGGUAUUUUCACGACAAUGUCCGAGAGGAUUUAAAGGAAAUCACUGUGAAAUUAAUAUUGAUGAUUGUGAAGGUAAUUUAUGUCAAAAUGGAGCUACAUGUAUCGAUGGUAUUGCCAGUUAUACUUGCCAAUGUACACCUCAAUUUUCUGGAAAAUUUUGCUCAAAAGACGUUGAUGAAUGUUCAUUAAGAUCAUCUCAAUGUAAAAAUGGAGCUACUUGCGUUAACACACCUGGAUCUUAUGCUUGUAUUUGUGUCAAUGGUUGGACCGGUCCUGAUUGUUCAAUAAAUAUUGAUGAUUGUAUUGGAAAUCCAUGUCAAAAUGGUGGUAUUUGUGAAGAUCGAGUUGGUACAUUUCAUUGUAACUGUCCGCCCGAUAAAACUGGAUUAUUUUGCCAAUAUGAUGAUGCUUGUGCUAAUAAUCCAUGUCAUUCUGGAGCUAUUUGUGAUACAUCCCCAAUCGAUGGAACUUAUGUUUGCUCUUGUCCACCUGGAUUUAAAGGAACUGAUUGUACGGUAGAUAUUAAUGAAUGUGAAGAAUCUGGAAGUCCUUGUGAACAUGGUGGAGUUUGUGUUAAUACUCCAGGAUCUUUUAAAUGUGAUUGUGCUGUUGGUUUUACGGGAGCUCGAUGUGAAACAAAUAUCAAUGAAUGUGAUUCUUCACCAUGUCAAAAUGAUGGAACUUGUCUUGAUAUGAGAGGUGGUUAUAGAUGUAUUUGUAUGCAAGGAUUUACUGGAGAACAAUGUGAAAUUGAUAUUGAUGAAUGUUCUGAUAAUCCCUGUUUAAAUGGAGGAAUGUGUUCAGAUUUAAUUAAUGCAUUCAGAUGUCUGUGUCCAGUUGGAUUCUCUGGAUCUAGAUGUGAACUUAAUGAUAAUGAAUGUUUCUCGGAUCCAUGUUUAAAUGGUGGUUCAUGUAUUGAUGAUGUUGCUGGAUUUACUUGUCGAUGUGCACCCGGAUAUACUGGCAGAACUUGUGACAUUGAUAUCGAUGAUUGUGCAUCAUCGCCUUGUCAUCAUGGUAAAUGUGUUGACCACAUAAAUGGAUUCUCAUGUUCAUGUGAUCCAGGAUAUCAAGGUAAACUUUGCCAGAAUCAAAUAAAUGAAUGUUUAUCAACUCCAUGUCUUUAUGGUGGAACUUGUCGUGAUCUUGUUGAUGGUUUUUCAUGUGAAUGUCCCAAAGGAACGAGUGGAACUUUAUGUGAGAUAAAUACUGACGAAUGUUGGUCUAAACCUUGUCGUAAUGGAGCAACUUGUCAUGAUAAAAUAUCUGGAUUCACUUGUGAAUGUCCUCCAGGUUUCUCUGGUCAAACUUGUGAAAUUGAUAUUGAUGAGUGUGCAUCUAAUCCAUGUGCUAAUGGUGGAACUUGUCAUGAUUUAGAAAAUUCAUUUAGAUGUUCAUGUCCUCGUGGUUAUUUCGGUCCAAGAUGUCUUAAUGAUUAUAAUGAAUGUGAAUCUAAUCCUUGUUAUAAUGGUGGUACUUGUGCUACAGGACCUAAACCAGGUUCAUUUAUUUGCCAUUGUCCACCUGGAUUCACUGGAAUUAGAUGUCAAUCUGAUAUAAAUGAAUGUAUAUCAGCACCUUGUCAGCAUGGUGGAAAGUGUAAUAACCUUGUGUCUCAUUACACUUGUACUUGUGCACCCGGAUACACUGGAGUUAAUUGUGAAACUAAUAUCAACGAAUGUUUGAUGUCAAAUAAUUUUGGUGGACCUUUGUGUUUAAAUGGUGGAACAUGUCAUGAUUUAGUGAAUAAUUUUACAUGUUCAUGUCCAAUUCCAUUCACUGGACGACGUUGUGAAACUGAAAUAAACCCUUGUGUUGGAAACAAAUGUCAAAAUGGAGCAACUUGUACUAUUUUGACAAAUUUCCGUGAUUAUCAAUGUACUUGUCCAAGUGGAUUUACUGGACAUUUUUGUGAAAUUGAUAUUGAUGAAUGUUCAAAUGGACGGGUUAAUCCAUGUAAAAAUGGCGGUAAGUGUAUUAAUACACAUGGAAGUUAUGAAUGUGAAAGUCGACCAUCAACAUCAUCACCUAAAAACGAUGAUAAUGAUGAUGAUAAAGACAAAGGUUUUGAUUUUAAAGAUGAUGAAAUUGAAUGUUCUAGACAUUCAUGUCAUCCCCAAUGUCCAAAUAAAGAGGAAUGUUUCCUUGGAAAUGGUAAUCCAUGGUCAAAAUGUCAUCGACCAUCGUACUGUUGGUCAAGAUUCUCCAAUGGAAAAUGCGAUGAAGAAUGUAAUAAUCGUAAUUGUUUAUAUGAUGGUAAAGACUGUUCAUCAACAUCAACAUCAAGUGACGGUUCUAAAGGCUCAAGACAAUCAAGUUUACCUGCUUUCUUCCCCACUGCAAGUGACUCUGGUAGUAAAAAGUUUAAUCCUAAUAAUCCCACUAAAUUAAAAUGCGAUGAAAGAAAUGAUUAUUAUUGUCUUGAAAACUAUGGUAAUGGUAAUUGUGAUAAAGGAUGUGAUUCAAGUGAAUGUGGAUGGGAUGGUCUAGAUUGUUAUAAUGGACACAGAAUCCUUGGACGUGGUGAAUUAUUCAUAACUGUUGAUUUACCUUAUAAUGAUUUGAUGGAUGAUAACGUUAAAUUAUCUAAAUUUUUACGAGAUUUAUCUCGAAUUUCUGGUUCAAUUCUUCGUAUUAAAAGAAAUGAAUUUGGAGAGAAAGAGAUUCAUCCAAUUAUGACAAACAGUGGUACAUAUUGGUCAAAUUUAUCAUUAAUUAUUGACAAUAGUAAAUGUUAUCCUGAUUGUUAUGAAGAUGCUUCAUCAUUAGCAAACUUUUUUGCUGCUUUGGAGAGUCGUAAAGUUGAUAUGGGUGAACAAGGAAUGGUCUCUGCAUUGUCCAUUAAGAAAGUACAAUCAACAAUUGAUCCUGCUGAUUUGUUACCCAUUGGUAAUUCAACAAGUGGACAACCCACAUUUUGGGGUGUUUUUGUUGGAUGCAUGGUAAUCACUUGUGUUGCUGCAGCUUUAUUAAUACAUGUUGCUGUUAGAACAAAGAAUAAAGUUUCCGCAAUUACUUGGUUCCCUGACGGGUUUGCAACAAUUGUCAAUAACAAUAAUAACGAUAAUUCUGGUUACCAACGUUCAGUACCAACUUGUGCUGCUGCAUCUGGAAAUUUUGAUAGAUCUUCAAAAAAUGGACGAAAUAAUUCACGUUUUAAUAAUCAAACAAAUUCACUUUCUCGAGGUGGAAGACGACACAAUAAUCAAGAUAAUAUUUAUGGUCAUCAUUAUGAUCAUCGUAGUCAUAUGCAUCUUAAUGGAUUAGAUGGUCAUUUAUAUUAUGAUAAUAAAGAAGGAAGAUUAACUAAUAAUAGCGCUAAAAAUAGUGUUGCAUCAAUGGAAACAAAAACUGAGACGAUCUAUGAAGAACCAAUUGAUCCUCGUUCUUGGUCACAAAUUCAACAUCAUUAUGAAACAUAUACUGGAGAUACACAAUUAAUACCUCAACCACCUCCAACAAUUAAAACUGAAAUGAUAACAUUUAACAAUGAAGAACCAAUGACACCACCAAUGAUGAAUUCAGAGUCUGGUGAUUGUUUAAUGAAAAGUGAAGAUAUUGUUGGACCUGAUGGAUUAACACCUUUAAUGAUAUUUUCAGCUUUUGGUGAUUCAGUUCCCUAUUGUGAGACAAUCAUUGAUUCUGAUGUGGGUAUAAAUGGCCAAUCACAGCAAAACAAUCACAUUGAUAGUUUUGAUAAAUUAAUGUCAAAUCAAGCAAAUAUUGAUGCAACUGGUGAAAAAACUGGUGAAACAUGUCUUCAUUUAGCAGCUCGUUUUGCUCGUGCUGAUGCUGCUAAAAGACUGUUAGCCAGUGGUGCUAAUUGUAAUGCUAGAGAUUCAACUGGACGAACACCUUUACAUUCAGCUAUUGCUGCUGAUGCAAGAGGUGUAUUUGAAUUAUUGUUGAGACACAGAGCAACUGAUUUGAAUGCUCAAACAAAUGAUGGCACAACACCAUUAAUCAGUGCAACUCGAUUAGCUUUGAAUGGUAUGGUAAAUGAUUUAAUUCAAGCUGAAGCUGAUGUUAAUGCAUCUGAUAAGAAGGGAAGAACGGCUCUUCAUUGGUCUGCAUCAACUAACAAUGAUGAAGUUGUAAGAAUGUUACUUCGGAAUAAUGCUAAUCGUGAUGCUCAAGACAAUGAGGAAUGUACACCAUUAUUUUUAGCAGCUCGAGAAGGAGCUUAUCAAGCUGUAAAAGUUUUAUUGGAACAUUCAGCUAAUAAAGAAAUAACUGAUCAUAUGGAUAGAUAUCCUCAUGAUAUUGCUGCUGAAAAGUGUCAUCAUGACAUUGUUGAACUUCUUAAUACAUUUAAAUCUGAUCCAAAUAAUCAGUCACAAAGCCAAGGGCAAGGACAACCUCAGACUCAAACUCAAUCUCAAUCACAAGUUCAAACACAAGCUCAGACAAAGACACAAAUAAACAAGACAUCGUCACAAUCCCAGCCAGCCCAAUCUCAAACCCAAACUCAAUCAUCAACAACAACACAAAUUUUAACACCUCAAAAAAUAAGUCAAAAUACUGGCUCAUCAACAUUACAAAGACAAUCACAUUCUAGUGCUAAGACAGGUAGUGGACUUAAAAGAUCAAAUACUAAUCCUAAUCUGGGUAAUGGUACUUUAAAAGCAAGCCGAGCCAGAAAGUCAGCUAAAACUUCAGCUUCACCUUAUAAUUCAAAUCAACAACUAAAAGUAAAAUCAGUUAAUGUACAACAACAAAAUGAAUCUACAAAAGUUAUUACUUCAGGUCAAAAAGGAUCUCAGAAUAAUAACUCAACUUUACAAGCACAGAUUCAACAACAAAAUCAUCAACAACAACAGCAUCAGCAACAGCAAAUACAACAACAGCAACAUCAGAAUUCAACAAAUGUACAAAAUCAACAGGUUAAUGAUAGUCAAGUUGUUCAAGAAACAAAGCAAAUAAUAAAUCAACAACAACAGCCACAACCACAACCACAACAGCAACAACAAUUUCAACAACAACAAGGAGAUCAGCAUCUUUUACAAACACUAGAUCAACAACAAUUAUUACAAGUAUCUCAAAUAAAAAACAAUCAACAUCAUAUUCAACAACCGCCAACGUUACCACAAAGAAACAAUUUAAAUGUAAAUAAUUCACAGCAUCAAAUACAAUUAACAACAUCUCAUAUCACUAGUCAACCAACAAUACAACAGCAACAACAACAACAACAAGUUAAUCAUUAUGACUAUUUGACUUUAACAUCACCACAACACAUAAUGCCAUUAUCCCCACCUCAUAGUUAUUCAACAAAUCCAUCUCCACAUUUACUUUCACCACAAACACCAUCAAUGUUAUCGCCACCAAUUCAUCAAACACCAAAAUCACCAUCUACAACACAAAUAACUCAACUUAUUCAACAACAACAUCAACAUCAUCAGAAUCAGAAUCAAUCUAAUUCUCAUAUGUUAAAACAACAACAGCAACAGCAACCAAUUUAUGCUGUACCUGCAUCCAAUAAUGUGCAAAACAUGUAUUCAAAUAAUUCAAUGUCUUAUUACAUGACUCCAAGUCCAGACUCACCUGAAACAUGGUCAACACAAGCAUCAUCACCUCAAGGAAUAAGUGAUUGGCAUGAAACAUCUAUUUACACAACUUUACCAGCAUCAAAUGUUAAUAAUGUUAACCAACAUCAACAUACAUUUCAAUAUAUUCAACAACAACAGCAACAUCAUAACCAUCAACAACAACAACAGCAACAGCAACAACAACAUCAAUUGGUUCUGACGACAGUAAAUGACCAAGUAAUGACAACUAUUAAUCCAAUAAACACAACAACAAUAACAUCCGUUAAUCAGGAUCCAUCCGUCAACCAAACUGCUGCUGUUUUCAUUUAAUUUAACCUUUUGUAUAUUUAUUAAAAACUCUGUAAAUGUAAACAAAAUUAGCUCAUCAAAUCUGUAUAUAUAAGCUGAUUAUAUCUGUAAAUUUCAAGAUCCUUCGUGAUCUUUUGUAUGUAAGAAAAAUUUCAUCUCGAAUGUUUUCCCAUUUCAUAAAUUUUGAGGCAAAUAAAAUGCUUAUAUUUAUAAUGAA